AUGCUGAACUGGCUUGAUAACGGUGGAGGCAACUCACAGAACGCGUCCAGCGGCUUUCAUAACCUCCAGCUUGACAUCGUCGGCUUUCUCGCCAUUCUUGGUGAAGCCUCCGUCAAAGCAAAUGCCCAAGUCUCCACCCUCUCCAAGUUCUCCCUCCUGCCUCGCCUCCUGCCCGCCCCUCAAGCUCUCAUACGCACUUCAAGACCAGAAAGCCUCAAACCAGACAAUGGCAAAGUGAUUGGUGCCCGCAGCGGCGGCAUUCGGGACUUUGUCAACCAUAUAGCACAUCUAGUACACAGCAUACACCCUCUCCCAGCCUAUGCAGUCCGCUGCGAACGCAUCAGCAAACCCAAUCCUACCUCUACAGUCUCAGCUUAUACCUGGGGACCUCUAGCAUGGCUUUCCUUGCUGGGAACAGCUAUGUCCGUCGCCCUGCUGGCUCUCUCCAUAGCUCGAAAUGAUGGCUUCGCUCUACUCGCUACCAUACUGCUAUCCCUCCUCUCCACCCUUAUCGGCUUCGGUAGCCGUUGGAAUCUUUCCCUCAUGAAAAGGAAACAAAAAAGGCGUGUGCCAAGAGACAACAUCAUAAUUAAAUAUCCCCAUGGCGCCUUCUUAGUGGUCAAGUGCGACGAAAACGUUGCAAGAGAGCUAUACUGGCAUCCAGAAGAAUGCCAGUACACCUUCGGCGACACAAUCUACAGGAUUGUCUCUCUCAUCGGUACCAUAACCCUCAUGUUCGGCGUUAUCUGCCUCGGUAAUUCCACUCUACCCCUCCAAAUUGCCUUCGCAGCUGCCUACAUGAUCCUCAACGCCGCAUACUGGGUUGUGGCCGCCUUACCCCCACAAUGGCACUGGGAUCUAUCAUGCUACAAAGUCAAACGGGAACUCUACGAAGGCGGAGAAGAUCAUGAGAAUUUCACGCAGGCGUUAUGGAAGGCUAUAGCUAUUACGAAGAGUGUGGAGUGGGUCAAGAUUGGACAAAUAGCGCCUGUCAGCGAGGCAUGGAAGGCUUGGGUUGAAACGGCUGGAGAUGUCGUGGAGAGAGACAAAGAAAGCUGGGAGGCGGAGGGGUUGGGCGGAGAAGGCUCCGAUGAUGAGAAUGGCGGGAAGUUGCCGUCCUGGGAUGCAGAGCGGGCGUUGACAGAGUUCUUGGAUCCGGACGAGGCCGGAAAGAAUGUUUAA